GCGGCCAUGGGGGCCCUGACCAGCCGGCAGCAAGCGGGCGUGGAGGAGGUGGACAUCCCGUCCAAUUCCGUGUACCGCUACCCGCCCAAGUCUGGGAGUUACUUUGCAAGUCACUUCAUUAUGGGAGGAGAGAAGUUCGACUCAAGUCAUCCAGAAGGCUACCUGUUCGGAGAGAACAGUGACCUGAACUUCUUGGGAAACAGACCCGUGGUGUUCCCCUAUGCCGCCCCACCUCCUCAAGAACCCGUGAAGACGCUGAGGAGCCUGGUCAACAUCCGAAAGGACACUCUGAGGCUGGUCAGAUGCGCGGAAGAGGUGAAGAGCCCAGGUGAAGAGGCCAGCAAAGCCAAAGUCUCCUACAAUGUAGAGUUCACCUUCGACACAGAUGCACGGGUGGCCAUCACCAUCUACUACCAGGCCACCGAGGAGUUCCAGAACGGCAUUGCCAGCUACAUCCCAAAAGACAACAGCCUCCAGUCAGAGACGGUGCAUUACAAGCGAGGGGUGUGCCAGCAGUUCUGCCUGCCCUCCCACACCGUGGACCCCUCGGAAUGGGCAGAAGAGGAGCUUGGCUUCGAUCUGGACCGGGAGGUGUACCCAUUGGUGGUGCAUGCCGUAGUGGAUGAAGGCGACGAGUAUUUUGGCCACUGUCACGUAUUGCUGGGCACUUUUGAGAAGCAUUCAGACGGGACUUUCUGUGUCAAGCCCCUCAAACAGAAGCAAGUCGUGGAUGGAGUUAGCUACCUCCUCCAGGAGAUCUAUGGGAUUGAAAACAAGUACAACACGCAGGAGUCCAAGGUGGCAGAGGAUGAGGUGAGUGACAACAGUGCCGAGUGCGUGGUGUGUCUCUCCGACGUCCGGGACACCUUGAUCCUGCCCUGCCGCCACCUCUGCCUCUGUAACACCUGUGCGGACACCCUGCGUUACCAGGCCAACAACUGCCCCAUCUGCCGGCUCCCUUUCCGCGCGCUGCUCCAGAUCCGAGCCAUGAGGAAAAAACUGGGCCCUCUCUCCCCAACCAGCUUCAACCCCAUCAUCUCAUCCCAGACAUCUGACUCCGAAGAGCAUUCCUCCUCGGAGAAUGUCCCACCGGGGUAUGAAGUGGUGUCUCUCCUGGAGGCUCUCAAUGGGCCCCUCACCCCGUCCCCCGCAGUCCCACCACUUCACGUGCUCGGAGACGGCCACCUCUCAGGAAUGCUGCCUUCGUACGGCAGUGACGGCCAUCUGCCCCCUGUCCGGACACUCUCCCCUCUGGACCGCCUGUCAGACUCCAGCAGUCAAGGGCUCAAGCUCAAAAAGAGUGUCUCCAACUCCAUUUCCCAGAAUUCUUCUGUGCUACACGAGGAAGAUGACGAUCGUUCCUGCACCGAGUCUGAAUCUCAGCUCCCUCAGGGGCAGUCUGUGCAGCAUCUCGGGGAGGAAUGCGGGGUGACUCCAGAAAGUGAGAAUCUGACCUUGUCCUCAUCGGGCGCUAUUGACCAGUCGUCCUGCACAGGGACCCCACUCUCCUCCACCAUUUCCUCCCCAGAAGACCCUGCCAGCAGCAGCCUGGCUCAGUCAGUCAUGUCCAUGGCGUCCUCCCAGAGCCAGCACUCCCAGAUCAGCACUGACACCGUCUCCUCCAUGUCUGGCUCCUACAUCGCCCCUGGCCCGGGAGAGGACGGGGAGGCACCUCCUUCCCCCCGGGGCUCCAGGAGAUCACCAUCAGAGGAUGGAGAGGUGAUGCCACCAGAGUCCCCUGGUGUCAACUUCGUUGGGCCCCCCGCCGAAGAGCAGGACGCAGAGGGGAAUGAGGUCCUAGAGGAAGAGGAUGGAUCCCCCACGCAGGAAGAGGGCCAGAGGACAAGCGCAUUUCUAGGUAUGGAGUGUGACAAUAACAAUGACUUUGACAUCGCAAGCGUGAAAGCACUGGACAAUAAGCUGUGCUCUGAGGUCUGCUUACCCGGCACCUGGCAAGCUGAUGACAACGCUGUUGGCUGGAGGAGUGGCCAGCACCCAAGUCUAUCAUCCAGCAGCCUGGACGACCCCGAGGACAGGCCUUGUGUGUGGGGCCCAUUAGCAAUCUGA